UAGCACAGUUUUCCAGAGAGGCUCUUUGCUUCUGCUUUAAACAUCUGGAGAGAGAACAAAGAGUGUUUGUGGGGUCUUUUGUUGCUUCUGAAAGUUGGAGCAGGGAAGAAUUACGUUCCAAGAAAUACCCAGAAUCCCAGAAAAAUCCGAGUGGAAUCAUUAAAUGUUAAACUUUAUCUUCUUUUUAAACGAAAGUGCUUUCGUUUUAUCUCUGGCAGCUGUCCUGGUAAUGGAUGUUACGUAAUAUUUACUCUCUCCUUGGGAGUUAAAUCCUUUUUCCGAUUUGUGAGUAAUAUUUGCAUAUGUAUUUCUUAGCUGCAUUGACAUGCCAGAUGCACAGUGGUAGCUGUCUCCGCCUGCUAAUCCUGUAAUAACAUUCUGGUGACCAAAUUCAAUGGCCCUGCGCGGAGCCUCGGAACAGCUGAUUGCUGAGUAGGGAGGAAAAAAAAAUAACCCAGCGAAUCUGGUUGCAGCUCUCUGCUGCAUCCCCAUCCCACAAUCCCUUGCACCAUUUGCUGCAGUCUUUCUACACAGGCUGAGUGAGAAAAGGAUGUGCUAAAUAAAGAUUGAUUGGUUUGAAUCCUGAGGGGGUCUCCCACUUGUAAAUGACCCAGGGAGAAAAAAAAAAAAUUCAUGACGACUUCACUGGGCCUCCUCUUAUUCUUCCAUUUUUCUUUCCACCUGUCCUCCUCAUGGAAUGGAGUGUCAUUCCUUAGAGCACAAAAUCUCUUGUGCCUCUAAUAAUGAUUGUGCUGUGAUAGGGUUUCCUUAAUAGUUUCAUGAGUGAGGCUUGAAAUAUUAACAGAUGAUGGUUUGUUCGUUUGGAUUACUGCGGAACUGCAGCUCCGUCCCUGCAAGGAUUUUAUCCUCAGCACUGCACUGAUUAAGCUAUUUUUCUACAAAGAUGGCAGCGUGCAGGGUAGAAGGGAACAGGACCCAUAUGUCAGUGGUCUAGGAUGGCCAGUGAAGGCUCCAACAUCCCAAGUCCUGUGGUCCGUCAGAUUGACAAGCAGUUUCUGAUUUGCAGCAUAUGCCUGGACCGUUACAAGAACCCCAAAGUGCUUCCCUGCCUGCACACUUUCUGUGAGAGGUGUUUACAGAAUUACAUUCCAGCCCAUAGCUUAACCCUUUCUUGCCCUGUGUGCCGCCAGACCUCCAUUCUGCCAGAGAAGGGGGUUUCUGCACUCCAGAACAACUUCUUUAUUACCAACCUGAUGGAUGUCCUGCAGCGAACGCCGGACAACAGCAUUGAGGAGUCCUCCAUCUUGGAGACUGUCACUGCUGUUGCUGCAGGCAAACCGCUCUCCUGCCCCAAUCAUGAUGGAAAUGUGAUGGAGUUUUACUGCCAGUCCUGUGAGACAGCCAUGUGCCGGGAGUGCACAGAGGGAGAACACGCAGAGCAUCCCACGGUACCACUCAAGGAUGUGGUGGAGCAACACAAGGCUUCCCUCCAAGUCCAACUGGAUGCUGUCAACAAAAGGCUUCCAGAGAUUGACUCAGCACUUCAUUUUAUAUCUGAAAUCAUACACCAGUUAACCAACCAAAAGGCUAGCAUCGUAGAUGACAUUCAUUCCACUUUUGAUGAACUCCAGAAGACUUUAAAUGUGCGAAAGAGCGUGCUGCUCAUGGAACUGGAAGUGAAUUAUGGCCUUAAACACAAAGUCCUCCAGGCACAGCUGGAUACCUUACUAGAAGGACAGGAAAGCAUUAAAAGCUGCAGCAACUUUACAGCCCAGGCCCUCAACCAUGGCACUGAAACUGAAGUGCUGCUGGUGAAGAAGCAGAUGAGUGACAAGCUGAACGAACUGGCCGAGCGGGACUUCCCGCUGCAGCCCCGUGAGAACGAUCAGUUGGACUUUAUAGUGGAGACAGAAGGCCUGAAGAAGUCCAUUCACAACCUGGGGACUAUUUUAACCACCAACGCUGUUGCCUCUGAAACAGUUGCCACCGGUGAGGGACUGAGGCAGACAGUGAUCGGGCAGCCCAUGUCCGUUACUAUCACGACCAAGGACAAAGAUGGGGAGCUCUGUAAAUCCGGGAAUGCUUACCUCACUGCUGAACUGAGCACGCCUGAUGGCAGUGUAGCGGAUGGAGAAAUACUUGACAACAAAAACGGCACUUACGAAUUUUUGUAUACUGUUCAGAAAGAAGGGGACUUCACUUUGUCGCUGAGACUUUACGAUCAACAUAUCAAGGGCAGCCCGUUCAAACUUAAAGUGGUCAGGUCAGCAGACGUGUCUCCUACCACUGAAGGGGUUAAGAGACGUGUUAAAUCUCCAGGCAGUGGUCAUGUGAAGCAGAAAGCUGUAAAAAGACCUGCGAGCAUGUACAGCACUGGCAAAAGAAAAGAGAAUCCCAUUGAAGAUGAUUUGAUCUUCAGAAUAGGCACCAAAGGAAGAAACAAAGGGGAAUUUACAAAUCUUCAAGGUGUAGCUGCAUCUACAAAUGGAAAAAUAUUAAUAGCAGACAGUAACAACCAGUGUGUGCAGAUAUUUUCCAAUGAUGGUCAGUUCAAAAGCCGUUUUGGCAUACGAGGAAGGUCUCCUGGCCAGCUGCAGCGGCCAACAGGAGUGGCUGUGCAUCCCAGUGGUGACAUCAUUAUUGCAGACUAUGAUAACAAAUGGGUUAGCAUAUUCUCAUCAGAUGGAAAAUUUAAGGCCAAAAUUGGGUCUGGAAAGCUCAUGGGCCCUAAAGGUGUUUCGGUGGAUCGUAAUGGACACAUCAUUGUAGUGGACAAUAAAGCAUGCUGUGUCUUCAUCUUCCAGCCAAAUGGGAAAAUAGUCACCAGGUUCGGGAGCCGAGGAAAUGGUGACAAGCAGUUUGCAGGUACACUUGAUGGUCCUCAUUUUGCAGCUGUAAACAGCAACAAUGAAAUUAUCAUUACAGAUUUUCAUAACCAUUCUGUCAAGGUAUUUAACCAGGAGGGAGAAUUCAUGCUGAAGUUUGGAUCAAAUGGAGAAGGAAAUGGGCAAUUUAAUGCACCAACUGGAGUAGCAGUAGAUUCUAAUGGAAAUAUUAUCGUAGCAGAUUGGGGAAACAGCCGAAUACAGGUUUUUGAUGGAAGUGGAUCAUUUUUAUCCUACAUUAACACCUCUGCUGACCCACUUUAUGGUCCCCAAGGUCUGGCUCUUACUUCAGACGGCCACGUUGUAGUCGCAGACUCUGGAAAUCACUGCUUCAAAGUCUACCGAUACUUACAGUAGCAACGAGCUCUGGAGCUGGAUAAUCACCCACCCUUAAGAAAGGACUCGUCCUAGAGAUCCAGUGCAGGAUAUCUCCUACUUUGUGUUCGUUUUUUAA